CCACCUCAGGUUACAUACCCGCAACCUGCUCCCACGCAUCAAGCCGCGCUGCAUCUGCAAGGCGAGCCAUCAACAGCGUUAUACCUGAGCGACAACCAGUGGCCGUCAAUGACUGGUCUUCCGACCGUCCAUGCGCCGCUGACAACUCCCUCGCCGUCCAUGACGCUGGCAAGUACAGCUUCUUCUCCCUCAUCAAUGGCGCCCGUAUCUUCCAGGUACUUCGGUGUGCCGGGAAACGUACGUGAGCUUUCUACACCCCUGCAUGAAACCUACGACAACGAGCAUGGGCCAAUGGCCAUCUUCUCGCCCAUGCCGCCGUCUCCUUCGCCAAUCGCUGGGCCAUCUACCCAGCCGUAUACCAUUCAUAAAGGACGGCUCAUCGCAUCAAGCCGUCGCGUCGCGGCGGCUUGCGCACCAACUUCCGGCUCGGGUACGCACUACGUACCCAGCCUUAGCCCUUCUGGCCUCCCUACUGGAGGGCAGAAAAAAGCUUACACCGGAUACGAAGGAUACGUACCGAACGCCGCUACCAACGGCAACACGGACGUAUUCUUCGACAACAACAACAUCGAUUACUGCGAGAAGGCUAUCGGCAAGCAUGUCGCCGACAACGGUGAUGAGCUUGCUGACGCAGUCCGACCUGCAGUCAAGCGGCCUCGCGUCUCCCCUUCUACUGGCUUGUCUUCGGCUCGCACACGAACCCAAACGCAACCUCGGCGAAAGGGCGUGCGGUCAAAACCCCCUGCGCCUCUACUGCCCGACCCUCGUGAGCAGUACGCACAGCAGGAAAGCCGCAAGAGGAAAAAUAAGGACGACAACGACGACAUCACGACAAUCUCCAUCAAGCCUUCCAAGAAAGCCCGGCAGGCUGUUACACAAAGCCAGCAGCUAGAAGGCGGUGGCUCUAAGAGGAGCAACACCAACAAGAAUCUGUUCUGUCCGUUCGGCUGUAGAAAGGAGGCAUUCCACAGCAAAUACGAACUGAACAGGCACCUCGUAGAAAGCUGCAUGCCCAAUCCCGGUCGCAAAGAAUCCCAGCUGCCAUGUCCACUCUGCGGCAAGAAGCUCAAACGGGCUUGGACCCUCAAGAGGCACUUGACCACACGAACCGGGGAAUGCAAGGCGAAAGAAGAAGAAAGGAGGAUUCUGGCUUCCGCUGCGCAAAGAUAG